AUGACGUCGGGGUCACUCAGUAAGAGCAUCCGCACAGAGGAGCGCUGGUUCACUCCUGAGGAGUUUGUAAAGCAGGAGUUAACGCUGAAAGACGGACACUGGAGGAAAGAUAUACUGUGUCAUGGCAAAACCCUUAACUACCUGGUGAAGGUAAUGUGUGGCUGGAUGUGCACUUUCUGUGUAAUAAAGACUAAUCAAGAAUUGCGGACUCCCAUGAGCAGGGAAGAUGCUUUGAACAGCCCUGUUUUGGGAAACAUGCACUGUGAGUAUUUGCUGUUGCGUCUGUAUAUGGAGGACGCACGGUGUGUGGUUACUGAUGACCCUACCACAAACGACGAGAGCUACACCAGUGUGAUCUGCAAGCCCAUGUGGUUGGACAAGGUGAAGACCAAACUACAGGAUAAUGAGUAUAAAACAGUGAGCGAGUUUGUGCAUGACAUCAGGCUCAUCUUUAAUAUCUGCCAUACUUUUAACAGGGAUAAUAAGUCUGGCAGGAUGGGAACCAUAAUGGAAAAGAUGUUUGAGAAGGAGUUUAACACCAUCUUUAAAAUCCAGUAGCAUUUCUGCAUCUUACUGGAAAAUUUGUAAACCAAAGUCAAAUACUGAUGUUAAUUUUUGCAUUGCCACAAUCUCAUAACAUAUAAAGUUAUAAAAUGAUAGCAUCUGACUAUUUAAGUGAACUUGUUAUCUUCUAUAAUCUUAUUAAUGUUUUAGGAUACAGUCUUUUAGUGAGUCAGAGCCUCAAUAUUAUGGAACAGUUAAUAUUUAAAACUCAGAUACUUCAACUGUAAAAUCCAGGCUAAAAAAUAUAUAUAUUUUAUUAUAUUCUAUCUUUUAGUGUACAGCUUUAUGACUCUGCAUACUUUUAUUAUUCCACAAAUUGACCCUGCUUAUCAUUUUGGAUUUGGUGACCUGUGUUCUAUUAAAAGCUGGUUUACCUGCAAUUGCAUCCAAUUGCAUCCUCUGUUACAUAACAGCACUUCUUUUACAAUAUAGUUAUACAUUGUGUGAUCUAAUUUGUUUUAAAUGGCAUGCUCUAAUUCUUAAAAUAUAUUUACUUUAAUAAUGUAGAACUUUAAAAGACAAUCUGAAGUGAAAAUUGAUUCUUUGAUUGUUUUCUUUGUUUGCUCGUGCU